GCCCGGUCGGGGAGCGAGCAACAGAAGAGGGACGAGCCCGACGCCAAAGGCGGCCGCCGCACGGCGCGGCGGCGGCGGCUCCUGGGCAUGGGCGUCAACGAGGCGCUGGCGGUGGUGCAGCGCAUGGGGAGCCUGGACACCGCGGAGCUCAGCUUCGAUGAGCGGGGCUCGCUCGACACCGACCUCUGCCUGCGGCUGCCGGCACUCGGGGCCCAGCUGUGCUUCGACGCCUUCCAGCAGGACCUCCGGGUCAUCGUGGUGCGCUUCAGGCACGGAGCCUCGUCCCGCGAGGGCAGCGCGGACGGCGAGGAAGGCUGCCCCAGCCUUGCCGCGCUGCCGCCGCUCGCCCACGCGGGGCGGCCCUUUGGAGGCAUGCAGCAGCGCUCCCUCAGCCUGCGGGACAUCUACGCGAUGUUCGGCCUCACCUGGAUCGGCGAGUUCAGGCCAGGGGCCGAGGCAGCGUACCUGUUGAAGUACCGCGGUCUCACGUUCGAGUUCCCGCUGCCGGAGGACGCGGUGGAGGCACUGGAGGCGCAGGGCGGGCAGCCGAUGGAGCUGCCGGGGGGCGGUGCGCCGACGGCCUGCUGCAUGUGGGUCUACGCGAAGGAGUCCCCGUCCUUCCUCGAGCCGGCGCCGCCGCUGCAGGACGCGUUCCUGGAGAAGGUGGUGGUGCGGCCUGCCUCGGGCGUGGAGAUCGGGGGCCGCCUGCUGCAGUUCGGGUGCACGCCGCAGGACAUGCUCUCGGACUUCGGGCCGCCGGAGCAGGUCUGCCUGAAGGACAGGGACGCGGUGCGCACGCACUCCGCCAGCGCCCUGCCCUCGCACUCGUUCGGGCCCGACUACUUUUACAACUAUUUCCGUAUGGGCUUCGACGUGCUCUUCGACGGGCAGACGCAUCUCAUGAAGAAGGUGAUCCUUCACACCAACCCGCCUACACACGAGCUGUUCUCGCGGUACUCGAGAUGCUUCUUCCAGCUGCCUGUCGCCCUGUCUGCGCCUCGCUCCGACGAGGGCCACGACGAAAUCGGCGAUCUCGUCUUGGACGGCGACGGCAGCGGUGUGGAGGAGGACCUGGACGCCGACAGGGAGCCAGCCGGGGAGGCUGCAGAGGCCAGCUCCAGCGAGUCUGUGCAGUCGGCCGGGGCCGGUGCAUCCCAGGACAGCGACUGCGAGGACGCGCCCCCCGAGCGGGAGGGCAGCGGUGCAUGUGGCGCCGCGGAGGCCGGGCGGCCGCUGGUGGGGCAGGCGCGCGGGGCGGACGGCGAGGUCCCGUCGGGGAGCGACAGCGAGGGCGAGUGCAGACGGCGGCGAGACGAGGAAGCAGGGCCAGCGCUCACGCACCGCGGCGCCGCCGAGCGCGAGGCCGCUGGCCCGCCUGGCGGGGGGUCGGCCAGGGAGUCGCCCCGCUCCGCGGGGCCCUCGCCGCUGCUGGCCAUGCUCGACAAAGGCGCCCCGGGCGGCCUCGGCGCAGGCCUGGGCGCUGGCGCGCCGCAGGGCGAGGGCAGCGGUGCCUGCUGGGGCGAUCAGCCACCAGCGGGCGACUGGCCAGCCACGGCGGGGACUGCGACGGCGCUCGGCGGCGAGGGCCAGCCCGGAGGCGGGCCAGGUGCGCCCUCGGCGCCGCAGCGCCCGGCGCGGGGCUCGCCGGCACCGCCGGAGCCGCGCGACACGGCUUGCGAGGAGGCCGAGGGCCCGGGAGAUGGCGGCGCGCAGCUCUGCAUCGACGUGCGGUGGUCCUGGACCGAGAUCCAGCAUGCUCUCAGCACCCGGGGGGGCUGCGAGUGCGGCAGGCCGCUCGUCCUGAACGCCCAGGGGCACACGCCCUUCGGGAGCACGUACUUCUACGUCCUCCCUGGGCUCGCCUUCGAGGUCAUGGAGAACGACUUCUUGGCGUCCCUGACCGUCUUCAGCGUGCCCGCCAGGGAGCUGCCGGCGGCCUUCCUGCUCCCACAGGCAGACGCGGCAGCCUCCGCAGCGUGACAGCCAGCGCGUGCCCCCCUCUUCCUCGCCGACCUGCAUUGCCCUUCUCGACCUCGCCUCCGUCUCCCCUCCCCCCGUCCCCCUGGUCAAUCGCAGCCAUUCGGCGGUCGCAACAACGGCAGCGGCGGCGUCCCGUCGCAGCCCUGGCGCGCAAGCGCGUCGCAAUGGUCGGGGACGCAGCGUGCUGUCAGCCCGAUUCAAUGUCAGUGCGCAGCAGCAACAGCAGCGGAGUGGAUUCAUAGCUUGCAGACUCUCUUCACGUUGUCAUGCCCUUCAACCUCCUUGCUUGAUCCUGGGGCUGGUCUUGUACAAAAGACGGUUCAAGCCACGCCAGCACCAUUAAGCGAAACUUUGACGCGGUUAGGUGUAGCUUGCAUUUGAUCUGCUGCAGUAGGAAUGAUUGCAUUCCAGACCGACAGAGCAGGGGUCUCUAACAA